GGCGGAGUAGCCAUCAUGAGCAAAGCUCACCCUCCCGGGUUGAAAAAAUUUAUGGACAAGAAGUUAUCAUUGAAAUUAAAUGGUGGCAGACAUGUCCAAUUAAUAUUGCGGGGAUUUGAUCCCUUUAUGAAUCUUGUGAUAGAUGAAUGUGUGGAGACGGUGACUAGCGGACAAGAGAACAAUAUUGGAAUGGUGGUAAUACGAGGAAAUAGUAUGAUCAUGUUAGAAGCCUUGGAACGAGUAUAAAUAAUGGCUGUUCAGCAGAGAAACCCAUGUUCUC